AUGGAGUCCAAGAAGGACGAGCUCCGGUACCACCAUUUUAGCCAUGACCAUUUCUUAGAUUACACCAAACUACAGCCACACGGCCACGCAUCUUGCUCCGGCUGCCGGCAGAUAAUAUCGCAGGGAAGAUUCUACUACAAGUGCAAACUAUGUGGUUUUUACCUUCAUCAAACCUGCUUCAAUAUGCCCGAAAAUGUCACCCACCCCUCUGACCCGAAUCAUAAUCUCACCCUUGAAACCUUCCCUACUACUUCCAAACUUCCGAUUAAAUGCAAAGCUUGCGAAAAUCCGAUCAAGGGGUUUUACUAUCGGUGUUCCAAAUGUAUCAAUUACUACCAUACCUUAUGCUUAGCCGCUCCUUUGUCUAUGAAAACCCCUUUGCAUCGUCACUCGCUUAAUAUUGAAUUCAAGCCUGUUUAUGAUUUCCAGUGUGAUCUGUGCGAUAAACCGAGUUACAGUGGGUGGAUGUAUCACUGUAAUUUAUGCGAAUUUGAUGCUCAUCUUUCGUGUGUUCUUACCAAUAAAGGAUCCCUGCAACCUGCGGUGCAAUCUUCGGCGAGGGGUAACCAGCAACGAGAUGAGCUAAUCGAGUUGCUAACAAGAGGUUUGGAUCUUCAUCAACCACAUGAUCAAAAUCAAUCGAACAUGUUGUCUAAUGAUCAAGAUAUUGCAAACCAGAGCUUUCAGCUUAGCGAAACGUGUUUCUCGAUAGAUUUUCAGAACUCGUUGCUUGGAAGCGAUGGUGAUAAGAUGAAGUACUUAGGUCAUGGAGGUGUUGUUCAUGAAGCGGUGAUCCCGGAAGAUUCGAGAAUGUAUGGAGGUACUACAGAUGAUGUUGAUUCGCAACAGCAAGUUUUUGAAGAAUCCAAGAGAUCGGAAUCGGAGAGAAGUAAAAGUUCGAGUUACAGUCAGAAAUCUAUGGCGAUGUCUUCGGGUGUGAUCGGAGCUCAUAUUUGGACGGAAUUAGAGGAAGCUACCGAGAAAAGGAAUUCGAAGCCGGGAGAUACGAGACUUGUUGAAUCCAACACAGGGAGACCGCGUUUAAGCAGGCGAAACUUUAUGUGCUGCUUUCAUGGGCAGAUUUCUUCGUGA